GUUAGCACCCGAAAUGUACGCAAUGGGCUUUUGGCCUAACAACAAACAAACAAUUACUCUCACCAGCGUUUCUGUUCGAGUUUACGCUAUUGCAAAAGUUGUAUUUUUUUAGUUGGUAAAAUUUAUUAUACAACUAUCUGCAAAAAGAUCAUGAGUACCGUUGAGGAAUUUAGCAAGUCUCCUCGCAAGAUGAUGGAAAAGCUAGAAGCAAUCAUAACAAUUCUGCGUUCCAUUUUGGAGCUUCAUGGCGACAAACAAGGCGGUUUUGAUUUCCGCCCGCAAAAAGUGUUUAUUACGGCGCAGACAGCAACAUUUUCCCCGCUUAAUCUGGCAGAAAUGGAUUCGGACUAUGUCAAGUACCAUCACGAGGAAGCUAUUUGCGCUCUUCUAUAUGCGGCUCCCGAAACCAUAAGAGGAACUGGGCUAACGGGAGUGGACGACUUGCAAAGGGCGGAUAUUUGGGGAUUCGGAUGCUUAAUGCUAUAUAUUAUGAGCGAAGCCCAUCCCCAACACUAUGCUGUCUUGAAAAAUCAAGAAAAACGUUGUCUGAACAACGAACAAAAUCCGUUUCUAGCUAUCACAUUAAUGGCAGCAAGCGGUAAAAGCCAGCCCGACUACUUGGAAUUUUGCGGUAAUAAUUCCACUUUGAUAGAAUUGUUUUGUUCCUGUUUCCGGUUUAACCCAGCUGAGCGAAAGAGCCUUUUGGCACUUCGUAACGAUUUCCUUCCUGCCUGUGUGACAUCAGUAACUGCCGCGCAGCAAAAUCUGGGAACCCAUACUUCCAGCUUGUCCACGCGUAAUAAGGAUACUGAUGUCGGUGAUGUGCAUCAGCCUUCAAUGGUACACCUGCUAACAGAAACGGAGAACAAUGUUUCCGCAACGGACAAUACAGAUGAAGAAAUUACCGACGACGGAGUCGAAAUAACUGGCAACGUGGACGCUACGGAAGGAAAUGAAUAUGACGAUCCAGUGGAUGCCGCUGACAAGGACGGUACUGCUGAAGUCAUUGGGAGCAACAUGCAGUACCGUUAUUCACACACGGACUGUAUAGGAUAUGGAUCGUUUGGCCUUGUUUAUAAAGCCAAGGUUACAAAGCGCGGCAGUUACACGGGAGAACAGUUUGUCGCUGUCCAACUGAUGCACGUCCCAAAUGAUUCUUUGGAUGCUGAUGAAAAAGAAAGCUGGAGGAAUGUCUUGACAAAAUUGAGAAAGUUCAUUGAACUUACUAACAAGCACCUCGUGGCCUAUCAUAAAGUUUCCGUCACCAUGUCUACCGGUGGAGCGAUGAUCGAGCUGGCAAUGGACUACCAUAAAGGUGACCUUGCUGGUUUCCUUAAAGCAACAAAGAAAAAUGCAGAGCUACGAAGUAAUUAUACCUGUAGAAAGAUCAUGAAAUUCACUCUGCACAUUGCUCGUGGAUUGGAGUUCCUCCAUAAAAAUGGAAUAAUCCAUGGAGAUUUAAAGCCAAAAAAUAUCCUUGUGAAAAUCACUGAAAACGACCGCGAAAAGCUUCUAAUCAGUGAUUUUUUCGAUGUAAUGCAAAUGAAGCUAAGCCACGCUUGUUCCUCGGAUACGUCGCACCGUCGUGGCACGAUACGCUACAUGUCACCGGAAAAGCUGAAUAAAUUGUUUCGAGAAACGCUAGAUGUACCAGGAAGAAAAACAGAUAUCUGGAGUCUUGGCUGCAUAAUCCUGGAGAUGGCUGAAAGUUUGAUCAACGUUCCCAGAAAGCGCGUCAUACUGGAUGGAAAAGUUGUGGAGGUUGGAAGCGAUGUAAGUAGUACCGGCUAUGCCCAUCUGAUCGUUGACGGUUAUGCGCCGUUCGUGGAUGGCGAAAUUGAAGAAAGCUUGGCGCGGGUCAUUCAGCAAUGCUUGUGUCGAGCUGAUGCUGACAGAAUAUCCGCAGACGCGCUCGUACGCAUCUUCAAGAUACAAAAGAAGCCGGUUGUGGUGUUUUUUGCUCACCCCGGUCAUAACAUCGAUCAGGUGCUGAUAUUUGAUCCGUCCACCAGUUCCUUCAAUACUCAAGAAGUCCCCGGAUCACCUUCAGCCGUACGGGAACCAUACGCCGUCCUAGCCGGUCCGAAAUCAGAAAUGAUGCUCGUACAACGAGGAAACACUGACGCAGGUUUAAGUGAUGUGUUCCGCUUCUGGAAUGUGAGGGAAGGGAAAUGGCGUGAGAUUACGCCUUCGAGACAGUCAUUAUUCAAAGAAGCGAUUGCAGUGAAGCACAGGGUGUAUCUUUGGGACAAAAUGAAAUCCUUUGUGGAAAUGAAUGCUUUUACUGGCAGGAUUGUCUCGCUGAAGGCACCUCCGCCUCGGAAAGCUUAUCAUCAUGAUCUAACUGCCGUGGCAAAAUGUGACCAGCACAUAUUCUAUGCUACCUGGGAUUGCUUGUUGCGUUACGACACGAAGAACCACGAAUGGCGGUCUUUACCAAAUCUGCCAGAGAUGCGAUGGGAUUUUGCAAUUGGCGUCAUUAAUGGUUACAUAUAUAUCAUUGGCGGAAAGGUAGCUGAGCCUGUAGGUGGCAAUACGGAGCGCAGUGCAACAGCUGACUGUAUUCGUCUAAAUCUCGAUGCUCCUGAUCCUGCUUGGGAAACGAUACAGCCGCUUGCGCAACCGAGAUACUGUCAUGCGGCAUGCGUUGUCCAGGAUCGCAUUUACGUCUGCGGUGGCAGAUAUGCUGCAGAACAGCACGCCCUCGAAACGGAGUCUUACGAUACCAAACGCGACGAAGGUUGGUCGACCGUCAACUUGCUGGAGAAGGAUAUCCAGUUGCUAUCAAACUUUGCAGCACUUAUUAAGCCCAGAGAUCCGUGGUGUGGAUCAUUAACCGCAGUAACUGUUGAUAUGGAAAGUGAGAUUGUGAUAGACUUUCCCGGUUAAAGUUAGAUUUUAAUCAAGCGGCUUAUUUCGGAAUUGACUUAUAGACUCUUGUCCUGUUAAUAAAUGUCGAAAAACGGAAAACAGAUGCAAGGUAGCUCUAAAUGCGAUAAAUGUAGCUGUAGUAUGCAUUGGUGUUGGGUUACCCCUUUCGAGAAGCAAAUUGUCGUUUUUCUUAUUUCGAUGGCUGUGUCAGGGUACAACUAGUUAAAGUACCUACAGUUUCUACGGACAGUCACGCCUGAUACGAUUGGAAAAGAAUAAGUAGUGCAUAAAGCAUCCUCCAGAGUCCAUUAGUAAGUACCAACACUCUUGCGGCGAAUAAAAUCUUGGAUCGCGGAGGCAUAUGCAAAUAAACGUCUGAAGUCUGAAAACCAGAACCGGGAAAAUAUAUAAGAAUAAGGUUACGAUGUGAACAAGCUGAAAGAUUUGGAAUAAAAAAGCCAAUACGGCAUUUGGAAGUGGAGGGCCAAAUCUCCCAUAAAAGCGGGAUCAGGGUGCGUCCUGGGAAGGAUGGGCGGGAUCAGGGUGCUGGGAAGGAUGGGCGAUUUGUCGCACCGGAAAUUCUAGACACCCAUAAGGAAAACCAUUUGCACACCGGACGCAAUGGUGAUACAUGGAGUCUCGGGUGUAGUGCACUGCAUCUGGCCAGUGGUCAACCUCCGUUGUAUAAAGGCGCUAUAAAGACAAGCCUAUCAAGUUGGAAAUGGCUGUCCUUUAUCAUCUGCAUACCACAAAAAGCCUGCCGGAAAUUCCAAACUGGAUACCGAGCAAUAUACGAAGCUUCGUUACAACGUGUUUGCAAUUUAAUCCGACUGACCGGCCAUAUGCUGCGAUGCUUGCCACAAGCGGGUUGAUGUGCACUAGUAGCGAUGAUUCUGAUUUCUGAUUAUCGAGCAUCCCGCGGCGGAACCUUCUCCCGGAAGGCGUUGCUGAAUACUGGAAACACUCAAUUGCUUUUUGAUUUUUUGUAAAAGCGGUCAUACUAACAACACCUGCAGGUUUGUCCCGCUGAAACCGAGGCCGUCGUGAUGGCCUACAUUGUCUCGUCUGAUAUGAGCAUAUAGGAAGUGUUGUACUGCGCUUUUUGUGAAAAUGUUAUAAAUAGUGUACCAUCAGUUUUAUUAUACAGUAUUUGGAAACUGUUCGAAGAAUUGUUUUCGGUGACAAGCUGUACUGUGUGCUGUUGUAU